AUGUCCGACUACUACGACGACCGUCCGCGGCGAGCCCACCGCACCAUGGAGCGAGAACCCCAGUACGUCAGAGAAGAGACCUACAUCGAGCGCGGCAAGGGAGCCUCGACCCGCGACCUGGUACACCGCCCACGGCGCGAAGACAGCAUCGAGGACAUUCCGCGCGACUUCCCUCCUCCCCGCCACGCCCACCACAGCCGUCGCCAAUACGAUGACGACUACUACGGUCCUCGCUCUUCCCGGGGCGACUACUACGACCGCGAUGGCUACUACUCCGACGAGUACGAACGUCGGCCCAGGCGGGAGCGUCGCAAGUCCAUUGUCGACAAUCUGAAAGAGAUUGGUGAGGCUGCAGGGCUGGGAGGCGUCAUCAGCGCCGUGACCGGCCGCAGUCGCUCUCGCUCUCGACACCGACACGACCGUGGCUACGACAGCGACCGUUAUGAUCGCCGGAGCCGUCGCUACAGCUCUGGAUCCCGCAGCCCCGGCGGCCACCGCAAGACGGAGAAGAAGUGGGAGCAGGCUGCCACAGCUGCCCUCGUAGCCGGUGCAGUCGAAGCCUUCCGUAGCCGCAAGACACCCGGUCCUUGGACCGGUGAAAAGGGCCAGCGCGUUGCAACUGCUGCUCUGGGUGCUGCCGGUAUCGAUGGCCUCAUCGACAAGGAUCCCGAUCGCCACAAGAAGCGACACGUCGCCGGCUCCGCCCUGGGCGGCCUGGUGGCCAACCGCCUCGCAAAUGGAUCUCGCUCUCGCUCCCGUGGCCGCCGUGGAUCCAGGUCCCCAAGUCGCUCGCGCUCUCGAUCCCGCUCGCUCUUUGGCCGUUCCCGCUCCCGCGGUCGCUCCUCGUCGCGCGACAGUGGAGGCAAGAGCCACACGCUCCGCAACGUCGCUGGUACCGGAGCGGUCCUCGCCGCAGGAAAGGCACUCUACGACCGCGUGAGGUCUAAGUCGCGCUCUCGGCGCGAACGAUCGCGAAGCCGCAGCGUCUCCAGCGAAGACAGCUACGUGCCCUCGCGAUCGCGCCGCUCCCGCGGCGCUCGAAGUAUGGAUGAUGGAUACUCGGAGGCUCCUUCCAGGGCUAACUCAGAUCGCAGAGUAGCAAUAGCGGCGGGCGCCGCGGGGCCGCUGGCGUCCCAGCGAGGCGGCGGUAGGGACAGUGAUAGGGAGAGGGGCGACGUGCGGCCGGAUCACGAUGUCUCGGAUUCUGAUAGCACGACCGAUCUGGAGAUUCAGAGGAAGAAGAUGAAAGGUAGGGAGCUGAUCACGGCGGGCCUGGCGACGGUGGCGACGAUCCAUGCAGCUCACGGGGUGUACUCGUCCAUAGUGGCUAGUGAGAAGAGGCGGAGGAUGGUGAAGGAGGGAGACAUGUCUCCCGAAGAAUCGAGGAAGUUGAAGUACAAGAAUAUACUGCAGGAUGCAGCGGCCGUGGGCAUUGCGGCGCUGGGCAUCAAGUCGGCGUAUUCGGAGUGGAAGGAAAUGAAUGAUCACCGGAGAAAUGUGCACGAGUUGGAGGCGAGGAGGCGGAAGAGGCGGAAGGCGAGAGAGAAGAGAGAGAGGGAGGCUAGGAUGGGUAUGCCAGGUGGCGGGAUGGCGCCGAUUCCGUAUCAGACGGGCAUGUACUAUCCGGACGGGAAUCCGUAUGGAGCGGGAGUGCCGCCGCCGCCCAUGGGUGCGCCGGGGAUGCGGUACUAG